AUACUGACUCAAAUUUUUUUUAUUUAAUAGCAACUUUUUAAGCAUUUACAAUUAAGUUUUGACUUAGGAAGACAUUUUAAAUUACCUUAUUGUUAAUAAAACACACAAAAUAUGAAAUCAAAAUUUAUAUUUUUAAACUUUGUGGUCUUCUGCUGUAUUCUUUCUGAUGUUAUAUCAACGAAUCAUUUCGAUCGAUAUCAAGAUAGUUAUUUGAAUAUUGAGAAUCUCGAUGAAGACACAAUUGCAGCAAUAAUAAAUUCACUUGAAUUGAAUCAAAAAGAGACAAAGGAUGAUUAUUCGAUAAACCAAGAAGAUUUGGAUAUUGCACUAAAAGCUUCACUUGAAACAAAUCGUCGUGUGACAAAUGAUGAUUAUUCGAUAAACCAAGAAGAUUUGGAGAAAGCAUUAAAAGCUUCACUUGAAACAAAUCGUCGUGUGACAAAUGAUUGGAUUGACGAUGAACUUGAUCUAGACCUAAUUUCAGAAAUAAUAGCUUUACAAGAAGUAGAAGAAACGAAAAGUAGUAUGACGAAUGUUGAAACAAAUCGUGGUGUGGCAAAUGUUGAAAUGAAUAGCAGCUUGACAAAUACUGAAAGGAAGACAAAUGAAUCUUCUUCAAAUCUCACUCCGCCAUCCUCCUCAAGACCUGUUCAUAGUAGUGAUAAUGAUGAUGAUGAUGAUAACGAAUCAGUUGAAGUUCCACUAAUCAGAACAAGAACUUCCACACCUCAAUCGACAUCUAUACCACAGCCAACUUCAAAACCUCUUUCUAAGACUUCUUCACAAUCUGAAUCAAAUGAAAAUCAAGACACAAAAAUUUGCUCAAUAUGCAUAGAAGAAAAAAAAUUAAUAAAAUUUUCCAGGAAUUGUAAACAUCAAUUUUGUGAAAAAUGUUGUAGAGAUUUAAAAAAAUCACUUUCCAAUUGCCCAACUUGCUUGACGCCAACACAUUUGAGUUAUCAAUUGAAAAGACUUAAAAGUUUAUUGGGAAAAAAAAAAAAUGUCACGUCACAAUAAAAAUUAAAACGCAAUUAAGUGGACCACCAAAAAUCAUGAAUUAAUAUUAUCAUAAUCACUUUCAUACCUAAGGAGUAACUCAAGACUUAUUAAUGUAUAUUAUAAAAAAUAUGAUAUCACAAAUUUAUUGACAAUUCCAUUAUUUUAAAAAUAAAUAAGUACAAUAUUUCAAUACUA